UUUGGAAUGAAUAGAUUUACAGAAUAUAUUUUUCUGAUAUGCGACAGAGGGCGAAAUCUUCUCGUGAUUUGAAGAGGGAUGCAAAAUGUUGGUGUUAGUUCUUGGAGACUUGCACAUUCCUCAUCGCUGUCAGGGUCUUCCAGCCAAAUUUAAAAAGUUGUUAGUGCCGGGAAGAAUCCAUCAUAUUCUAUGUACAGGAAAUCUGUGUACUAAAGAAUCAUAUGACUACCUUAAGACCUUAGCUAGUGAUGUUCAUGUUGUUCGUGGAGACUUUGAUGAGAAUAUAAAUUAUCCUGAACAGAAGGUGGUAACUGUGGGUCAGUUUCGAAUUGGGCUGUGUCAUGGUCAUCAAGUUGUACCAUGGGGAGAUCCAGAUAGUUUGGCACUUAUUCAGCACCAACUGGAUGUGGACAUUCUGAUAUCUGGCCAUACUCACAAGUUUGAAGCAUAUGAACAUGACAACAAAUUUUAUAUUAAUCCAGGGUCAGCAACAGGAGCCUAUAAUCCUUUAGAGAGCAACAUCAUUCCGUCUUUUGUUCUGAUGGAUAUCCAAUCAUCAACAGUGGUAACCUAUGUUUAUCAGCUGAUUGGGGAAGAUGUGAAGGUGGAAAGGAUAGAAUACAAGAAAUCAUAAACAUUUGUUGUGUUAUUUUGUAAAUUAGACUACUAUUAUAUCAAUACAAAGAAGAAAACAUCUCCCUCUAAUAAAAUAUUAUUUUCACUAAUAUUAAGCCAAAUAGCUCAAUUAAAAUUAGUGAAAUAAAAUGUUUGAAUUUCCAGCCAGUGUUUUUUCUCACAUUGGGUUGCUUUUGUAUGUAUGUGCACAUUUACUGGAGAUAAAUGUAAAAAUUAUGCAUUCCUUGUAAAGAAAAACUUCCAUGAAACUACAUAAUUUAAGCAUGUUUUUUUGUCUGAAUCUACACUUAUAUUUUUCAUAACUAUUGUUUUUCUUUCAUAAAGCUUAUUCAACUAACUUAGUAACUUUCAGCUAAUUUUUGAACAUAUAUAUAUAUUUAGGUUGAUUCAUGUGAAUAAGAUUUUGUGCACCGAUAAAGCACGCGUGUAAAUGAACUAUUCUACAUUUCUUCAACUGUACAUUUAUUUCACUGUAUUAGCUGAAGCGAUUUUUUUUAAGUAAGUUAUAAGAAUCUGUACCACAACUCUUGUUUUUAUUAGAAUUAAUGGAUGUAAAAGCACAUUGUGAUAAAUAUAAAGAUUAGUCUUAUAAAGAACAUAGAAAUUGCUUAUUCAAUUGUUACAAAUAUUAAAAUAUUUUACAUUCACACAAGUGAAGCUCUUUAUUUCUUAAUGUAAUUGGUUGUCUUAAAUUAUUGCUUUAUAUUGUAAACAUGUUCAUAUUAUGUUGCAGUGUGUCUUAGUAUAUUCAAAUUUCACUGAUGAUAGGGCCUUUAUCAUAUAUGAUCAUGUUAUAUUAUAAAUGUAUUUAAAAAUUGGAUUAUGAAAAUACCAAAUCUGAUGCCCAGAAAUGAAUAAAAAUUAUGCACAUACAUGUAAAUCUGGUCAAUAAAACAUAUCUUCAGAAUAAUGUGGAACAGAUA